CUUCAUGUUUAGCUGAGUGUUUAGGUUUUACCAGAGCACUUACUACUUACUGUUUACUUUCCAUCUUCCAAUUCAUUGAAGUGCAUUUUUGUUUGUGAUUUAGCAAGAAAAUGGGACGCACUAAAAAUAAACCCACGCCAAAGAAGGGAGACAAGAAUCAGAUGAAGAUCUCCUCAUUUUUCCAGUGUGAUGCCAAAAAUAAGAAGACUUUGUUCACGUGUAUCGAACCAGUAUCAGAAUCUGCAAAAGGUGGGCCUAUGUCUCCAAACUCUGAUUUAAAAUCAAGGAGGACAACCUCUGGGAGAAAGUCAUCUGUCGACCAUGGAAGUGGUGUGAUCGUUCUGGAAGAUGAUGACAAUAAUGACUUCAGUCAUUCCAGCAAAAUCACAAGUCAGUUGAACGUGACAAAGAGGUCUUCCUUAUGCACAGUCACUGACACUGGGGAAAAUUCAAGGUUGAGAGCAAGAGUGGACCCUAACACUCCUGUCAAAUCUCACAGCGAAAAGGGAGACCUAUUGGCUGAAACAAAGAGUUCAGCAUUCAAUGAAUCCUCAUCUGAGCAGAAGGAAAAUCACGGAGCCCAGCCGCACAAAUUGCAAAACGCAUGUAACGCCAAAAUUUCAAAAACUUGCGUUCGUGAUACGCAAUGUGACACGAAUCUCCCAGUUAACAGAUUUACGGAUCCGUCUGAGGACUUCCUGAUUCCAGACACGCCACAACAGAUGAUGCGCCCCACUGCCAGCAGAUACAUCUGCCCGAAGCCAAGUGUUACUCUACGCUCUAAGCUACAGCCAAAGUUACUCCCUACUCUAGAACCUCCGGCUAAAGUUUCCCAAUCAGUCGAGGAUGGCAGAACAAGGCAGAAAGAAACCAGUGGAAAGUUACAUGUCCUAAGCAGGAAAGCUGGCAAAGCGGAUACCGCUUCUACACGGCUAUCAUCGGUCAGCAACCGAGCACAGGAGCGGGGGAUUUCUAUAAAAUCAAUUUCUCAAGGGAAAACAACAAAGCGGUGCUCCACAAAGGGACUGUCUCCAAAUUCCAAGCGCAUUGCCGCAAGCCCAAUGCGUCACGUACACCCCGACUCGCCCGAUUCGCCUAUACACCUGAGCAAAGGGGUGCUAAGCACCAAAACCGCGCUUACGUUUGGCAGUUGCGAGCUAGCACCAACGACAAAAACCGAACACGUGUCGGGGCGGAAGUCGCUAGAAUACGUGGAAUGCGACGGUGCCAGUAUGAACAAUAAAGUGGCCAGCCCCAAAAAUACAACGAUCGAAAACAAAAAUGUUCAUGUCCAUGAUAGCAGUAAUGUCAGUGAUCACGAAGAUUUGAAGGACCCUGAGAAAGAUAAUGAGGGGAUGCUUAGCAAGUCUAUGUACAUUGAAAACGUCAGCUGUGAUCCUGAAGUAAUAAAUUGUACUGCUCAAAACAGUAGUUUCCUAUCUAUAGAUGGUGAACACAUAAGAGGUGAGCAGUUGCGUACAGAUCCAGGUUGUGGUCCAGAUGUGAAAGUUGCAAUUGCUAAUGAGCACAACAGCUCUCAAGGUGCUACUGUAACUGAAAUACGUGAUAGAGAUCAGGUUAAUGUUACAUCAACACAUCCAAAGUCACUAGGUGUUGCAACAAAAGAAGUUAAUGCAGUGCCUGCAGAGGCAGAGGACUUUUACAUAGAAGAUCCUCCAACACAAGUGUGUAAUCAGAUGCUUCAGGUUCAACCUGCAGACAGUAAGAUGAGUGAAAACGAUGGGCACUGCCAGUAUAUCGAUGAUUUCGCAGCUAUGGAAGAGGCAUUGAAUGACAACUUCAGUUGUCUGUCUCCAUUUAAGGAAUCGGUAACAGCUGGAUCAAGAGCAGAUGAGCCAGCGAUGACCUUUGAAACAUACGACCCGACUAGGAUGCCUGUACCAGCUGCCAAGUAUGGCCGACACACAGUCAGCGAUGUUCAGCCGUGCCCAGAGCAAGGCUUUACUGAGCUGACACUCACUCGAGAUGACAGAAAACUGGAAAGACCAGAGAAGUGCAUUCUUCAGGGUGUCUGGCAGCAGACACCAGUCUCGCUGGGAGAUGUGGUACAUGUGCUAGCGAAGAGAGAUGGCUCCGGGUUCUACGUGGUCAAUAAUACUGACGGACUCAUCGUUGUCAACCCUGACACUCUGCUCUCUGGUACAACAGUCGUGUCAGCCGUCUACUGCAGACGAAGGUGUGUGCUUGGGCAGAGGUUCCGGGAUCUGGAUGCAGGCAACAUUUACAUGCUACAUGGAUCAGUCAUUCAUGCGUUUUUUCAAGAAGCUGUCUUAAAGAGGAUGUUUGACAGAAGUGACUUAGGCAAGAUAGCAGAGAAGGUGAUAGGGGAAGAGCAGUUCCUGCAUGAUAUGUAUGGGUUAAAUGUUGACGAGCGAGAGGUUAUGUCUGAAAUCGACAAAUACAUUUCACAGGUACAGAACUGGGCAGCAAACCAUAUGAGUGGAAUCUUUGGAAGUAGUGCACAGCAAGAUGAGCGACACAAGAAAAACGGUGAUGACAUCAAAGUAUGUGCAGUGAAAGAUAUUGAAGAAAACAUCUGGUCACCAAAAUAUGGUGUGAAAGGAAAGAUAGAUCUCACGGUGGAGGUCAAGAUACAUGCUAGAAGCAAAUCCAGCAGACCCUAUAAGAAAGUUGUUCCUCUAGAACUGAAGACAGGAAAAGCUUCCUUCUCUGCAGAGCACAAAGGCCAGGUGACACUGUACAGCAUGAUGAUGUCAGAUCGCCGUGACAACCCAGAGGAAGGUUUACUUCUAUAUCUAAAAGAGGGUGCGAUGGUUAGCGUUCCCGCCCAUCCUGCAAGUGUACGAGGCUUAGUCCAACUCAGGAACGAGUUGGCAGCUCAUUUGUCGAGAUUUGUUUCGAGAUGUGAUGACAGAGCUCCGCGUCCUAUGUCUCUACCACCACCUAUAGACAACGUGAGGUCCUGCAGUAGGUGCCCACAACUUCUCAACUGUACUCUAUAUCAAAGAUCUAUUGAGAUAUCGACUCCACCAGCAGGACAUGCGAUGGAAUCUCUCCUCCGAGAUACCCUCUCUCACCUAAGCCAAUGCCACAUGGAUUACUACAGCCACUGGGUGACGAUGCUUCUACUUGAGAUGGAGACAGAGGCUCAGCGGCGCAACCUGGUGGAUAUCUGGUGCAUGACAGGCUGGGAGAGGGAACAAAAAGGCCAAGCAUUUGCAGGCUUAGUGCUGCUUGAUGGGAACUAUGAUCAGGAUUCUGAGCUAGGAAGUCGGCAGUUUGCGCAUACAUUCAAAAGGCAUAAAAACUGCACACAACACCAGCUCACGAUGAGUGGUCUACAUGCAGGUGACAGUGUGGUUGUGAGCUUAGAUCUCCCACAAGAGGUCGCCAUCAGCAGUGGCAUCAUCAGAGAAGUUUGUCACAGUUCUCUGCAGCUGGUGUUAGACAGAGACCUUCGGUUGGAUAGGGAGUGGAGAGGCCAUGUUUACAGAGUUGACCUUUGUGAUUCAUUCAGCACCAUGAUCAGCAGCUUUACGAACCUCUCUCGUCUCAUGCUCGACACACCGCACAGCACUCGCCUGCGGGAGGUCGUAGCCGACCUGCGCAGCCCUCGUGAGCGCAGCACCUUGGGCAAGGACGUGGUGAAGCGAUGCAAGCACGUGCUCAAACCCCUCAACAAGCUUCAGCAGCGAGCCGUCUUCAAGGUGCUGAUGGCAGACGAGUAUCUGCUCAUUAAAGGCUUUCCGGGUGCUGGUAAGACCAGCACCAUCGUGGCACUCAUCGAGGCUUUAGUGCUGCUAGGUAACAGUGUGCUGGUCACUAGUUACACGCACUCGGCUGUCGACAAUCUCCUGCUGAAGCUGAAGCAGAAGGGUGUGGAUUUCCUACGCCUUGGCAGACGCAGCAGAAUUCAUGCAGACAUCUUGCCUCAUAGUGCGGAAGUACUCACAUGUGGGCUCUCUGUGCAGCAACUCACUGACUUCUACGCAUCUAAGAUGGUUGUUGCAACGACGUGUCUGGGCGUUGGGCACGUGUUAUUCACACGACGCCGCUUCGACUACUGCAUCGUUGACGAGGCAACACAGGUGAUGCAGCCGGCGUGCCUAGGACCACUGUUCUGCGCUGACCGAUUCGUGCUCGUAGGUGAUCCACGGCAACUCCCUCCUGUCAUCCGGAGCAAGGAGGCUAAGUCUAUGGGAAUGGACGAGAGUCUGUUUGUGCGCUUGGACAAGCCAAGCUGCACCGUUGAACUUAGCCUGCAGUACCGCAUGAAUUCUGAGAUCACUCGGAUCGCCAAUGCGAUCACGUACAAGGGUGCUCUAAGCUGCAGUUCAAACGCAGUGGCAUCUGCGUGCUUGACACUGUCAGUGCCCAAGUUGACAACCAACGUGCCAUGGCUCGCCGAGAUUCUAGACUGCCACCUAGAGAAAUCUGCUCAGUUUCUAGACACCGAUCAGGUCCCUGCUCUUCAGUCAUACGACUCAAAGAAGAUGGUGAAAAACGAAACAGAGGGAAAACUUGCCACCAUCAUAUCUGCAACAUUAAUCAAGGCUGGUGUGAAACCAUGCGACAUCGGGAUAAUAGCACCAUACAGAAACCAAGUCACACUAAUUAAAUCCAUGUUAUCGCUGCGAGACGACACAUUGGUGGAAGUGAACACUGUAGAUCAGUACCAGGGACGAGAUAAGAGUGUCGUCAUCGUGUCAUUUGUCAGGACCGAUGCGACUGAAGGAUCGGUGAGCAGCAUAUUGAGAGAUACGAGGCGCCUGAACGUUGCAAUCACACGAGCCAAGCACAAGCUGAUCCUCCUUGGCAGUCUCUCCACCAUGCGGCGCUAUGAACCACUUGCCAAUCUAAUCCACAGUCUCAGAGAUGACCAGGUGGUUGCACUACCAACUGAGGCGCAUGUUAAUCAUGAUACAUGUCAAUAAGACGUAGUCGAUAAGAACAUAAUUAUUGGCCGAGGCUAUAUUCGCCCGACCGUCGGGUGUGUAUGUUGCUACUGUCUAUUCGCCUGACCGUCGGCAAAUGCGUAAAAUCUCUAAGGCUAUCCCAGAAACCACCGCAGCCUACGCCCUACUCCCUAACCCUAACCCUAACCCUAACCCUUUCAACAAUAUUCAAUAGAUUAUCGCUAAUAACCGCUGAGCCUACACAAUGAACAAUAACAUGAUAACAAUGGAACUAUGGACCGUCGGGUCUAUAGAGAACGGUUUAUUAUACACCCGACCGUCGGGCCAAUAGUCACCUCCAUAAUUAUUGCCGUGCAAUAUUAUUUGUCAAUUUUUGUAAGAUUUCUACAGAAACCUAAGAUUAAUUUGACUCUACUCGAUUAGUCUUUGACUCGAAUAUAAGAAACUGGUAGCUUUGAUUAUUUUAGUAUAAUUUUAUACCAAUCAAUCAUUUGUUUGGAUGUUGUUGUUGGAUGUAGUAAGAUAAGUUCUGAAUCUAACAAGAAAAUCAUGUUCGUAAAUACAAAUAUGUGUACAUAUAUCUAA